UCCUUCAAGAAUUUUUGCGAUCGCGUUCCAUUGGUUUGUAGUGAAUGCAGGAAGUAACAAUUUAGUUGGAAAUCCCGGAAAAUUUGAUCCGGCUUUCCUUUUUUGCAGUGUUUCCCGCUGGUGGUACACGGUGGUAAGGUGACGAAGUGUAAUUUGAGUGUUUUUCGGCUAGCAGAGACGUCGUAGGUUCUUCCAAAUUCCGGCUGCAUUGGUGCGUGCCGAGGCAGCAGCAAAGUUUUAAAAAGUUGGAGAGAGUUUGAAUCCUAAUACACCUAGCUUCGAAGCUGCGCUGCGGUGUACAGAAAAGGCCAGCAAACAGCGUGGAGUGAGUAAAAAAAUCGAGACCUGUGCUUGUGCAUCACCGUGGGACUACGAAAGUGCAAUCAAAAGCGAACAAAAACAGCGACUAGCGCUGACUGGUAAAAAGGGGUGUGCGAGGCUCGUGCGGAUAGGAAAAAAGGCUAGGAAAAUAGUUGUGCUAGAUUUAAUUUUUUUUUCUUGCUUCGCUUCUAUUCAAUUCAACAUCAGCGUGGAGGGCAAACGGCCUUUCUCUUUCACGGUAAAGGUGUACGACGAACGACAACAACAGCGGCGAGCGCAACGCCCCAGCGGUAUUAGCAACAGCACGGCCCACCGCUAGUUGGAGCUAUGAAAGAGACUCGUCUUCCACCUUCUGUCCGCAACUGAACUUGUUCGUACAAUAUUCAGUUCGAUGGUUGUGAGCUGUUUUGUUUUGCUUUGACGGCCUUUUCUUCCGCAAAGUGAACUGUGUGCAUUUGAUACGUGAGGCACGGUCCGACGGAAGCAAAAAUAUUAUUCGUUCCAAUGUCCGAUUUCGGGUGAGGAUAGCAAGGUUGAAAUCUGAUUUUCAGAACUUUAAUUUAUUUAGUUCAAGAGACGGCAGCUUUGGAUGUGUUUUGUUCGGAAGAAGUGACUGAAAUAAUAAGUAGCAACAAUCCAAUCAACUUUCAUCUUGCGUUGGUGGAAAUUUCUGUAGUGAUUUGUCUACACAGCUUGUGCUAAUUCGUGAAUCAGAGUUAAUUGAAUGCCGUCACCAUCAUCAUCGUCUUCUGCAAUCGUUUUGUGCAUCGAAGCAUUAUUCAUCCCACCAGUCCAAUGCAAAUCAAAGCCUCUCCGAUGAGCACCACCCGGGCUCCAACACCGAUUGUAGCGUUUGGGGUGAAUCCGGAAAUAGAGCGUUGAUCUCCGGUGGUCACUCUUUCCUGUGAACGAUACUCAACAGAUAGUGGCGUAGCGUGAGAAUGCUGCAACUGACCGAAUUUGCUCUGGACAGUUUCUGGAUCUACUGCACCCUGUCACUGGUGGCCAUGGUGACCCUUGUCACGACCCUAGCCUCAUGUAUGUGCUGCCGAAAGCAGGAAAUCAAAAACGACCUGCUCGGUUUGGAAGGCAUGGUAAAACUUACCAACCCGGAGGAUACUCUAAACAGCCAGGAUACAACACCUGGAACCGGGAUUGGUGGUGGGUCAGCAAUCGGUGGACCGGAUCAGACCGAUUGCAGUGAACCGGAGAGCAUUAGCAAAAGGGCUUCCAAUGCACCGCACCGAAGUUUACCGGAUAUUCCAGUGGUCGAACCGAUUGGGGAUAACAACUCCGAACUGUACGCGACCGUAGGUGAUAAGGUUCAGGAUUUGCCUCAGGGAAGAAGUCCAACUUCGAGCCUUAAGAAGCAUGCCAGCGUUUCACAGCACAGCUCUAUCAGCCAGGCAGAUGAUAUUAGUUCCCCGUACGCACGGGUACGUUCACCCUCUCAUGCGUACGACAAGCUACGUAGAGCGGAGCACCCGUAUGCGCAGGUCGUACAGCCGGGUACCAGCGGAACGGCGCAGGCAGCUGGUUCCGCCGACGAUGAACUGCUGAGCCCAAUUUCACGACGUGGUGGAGCGGGUACUGGAGCUUCUGGGGGUGGUGCAAACGGGAGAGAUUCCAAUCAAAGUUUGCUGGACGAGCGGGAAGGUUCUUCGGUGGAUAUUCCUGCGGCAUCAGCUAUAGCCGGCAGGGUUUCCGCCAGCCAAGAUUUGCCGUACAUGACUCCUCCAAUUGUACAGCCACCGCAGCAUUUUAGUGGUGACUCGCAAGAUUCCUCAAAAGGUUAUACAAGCAUUAGCGUUCGAGAGCCGCUGGCCAAUCUUUUACCUCAAACUCAGAACCAAACCACCGCACAGAGACGCCAAAUGAUGGGCGACUCCCACUAUGCCACCGUGUCGGACGAUUCCGACGAAAUGUACGCAGCAAUAGAAGACCCCAACCAUCCGGGCGACCACUACACUAGUGGUUCAGAAACGUACGCGCAAAUACAACCGCCCAACAUGGUCACCGUAUCGGUUGAGAUCAACACGGGAGCGUCCAGUCGACCUUCUGCAGGACACCCGACAGACUCGUUGGACGUCCUUCAACCGCAUCCAGCGAACUCUUCCUCGAGUGCAAAAACACUCCACAAUCGCCACAGUAGCGCCAGUGGGACAAACGUUCCCUUGGAAGAUCCCUCAUCCUCGCAACUACCACCACCUCCGAUCGACAGUCUCCGGGCGCACCAGUCUCAUGUCGCGUACGCACAUUCGCGGCAAGCUUCCAGCUCGAGCUGUACCAGUUCGGUUGGUAAUCUCGGAUCGCCUAAGCCGGAGAAACGUCAGGCAAACUCACCCCUUCCGCCGACACCAAAGACGCUGAAGCACCAGUCGACAAACAGUUUCUUCAGCAACUCCAACCUAACCUCAAUCAGUUCCAAUACGUCCACGCAGACGGGACAGUCUGGGCGCAACUCGGUCGCCUCAGUGAUUGAGUACAAGAGUUCGAGGGAAAAUAUUGCCGCUGGCAAAACAGACGAUCUGCAACUGAUAGGCAACGGAUCGGCCAUUAAGCCGAAGAAAAGUCCCUCGAAAGAUCUGGAGGGAAUGUACGCGAAGGUUAUGAAGAAGAAUAAACUUUCGAAGGCACCCUCGCAGAAUUCGAGCCCGGUUCCGCCGCGUAAGGAGGGAACCGCCCUACUCGCGGACGUGGAACAAUUUCUAUCCGAUCCGGAGCUAACUCAGUUAAACGGCAGCAGUUCGCUUCACGGGUCUCCCAGCAAGAAACCUCUGCCGACGAUCAGUUCCGGCAACGACUACGAGACGUUGGAAAAAAAUCCUUCACGUCAUCAUCAUCAUCAUCGGCAGCAGCAGGAUCCGGGUUAUGAGACGAUACCGGGAGACAGCAUUUCCAGCACAAUGGGGGACUUGAGAAAGUCGACGGACUACUCGCAGGUCCAAAAAAGGCCUCAAGCGGUUGCUCAAGGGAUACAAAGUGUUUCACGAAAUUCGCUGGAGAUAUUCCAUGGUUUGGAUAAGUCAGCCACAGACGGUGAGCCGGGAUACGAAAGCUUACCGGGUGGCAACGAUCCAGGAUAUGAGACGUUGAAUCGAAACAGGGCAGAGUCGGAUUCAGAUCCAAACUACGAAAUUUUGAGACCAACAAGAGAUAACGACGGUUACAGUAGCAUUCGGGACAAAAGGACGGCAAAAAAUCGACUGGAUUUUGGCAAAGACGAUGACAAUGACAGUACCCCUGGGUACAGCAGCAUCAAGGAGCGAAUCGAUUACGAUCCAGGGUACAGCGUAAUAUCGGAAAAGAAGAAACCACCGUUCGGACACGACUACGCCAGUAUAACAGAAGAAACGAAACGGAAGAAGCAGAACCUGAACAACAACAAUCCUGAUCCGGGGGAAGAAUCGGAUAUUUACUCAAGUAUUACGAACGCUCCUAUUGUGGGGAAUGCAACCAUCGCCCCUUCCAGUAUCGGCAACAAUAACUACUCAACGAUUCCGGAGCCAACAAACCUAACCUCAUCGCCGGGUUACUCGAGCAUUUCGGAAACUCGGACCACACCCUCCACCGACAGCACCAGUUCGCCAGAUAACCUCAUCGGAUACGCUAAGCAGCACAACACAGCCACCAACAAUAGCAACAGUCGGCUCUCGUCCAACUAUGAAUCUCUGACCGGAAGCGAAUCCGAUCCGAACUACGAAUCGGUUAAAUAUCUGAACGUGCGAGAAAAUCCGUACGAACGUUUGCACAACGAACCGGGCCAAACGCCUUCCACGGGUGGGCCCUCACUGACCGACUCGCUCAACCGAUCGACUGAUUCCACCGUAUUCAGCCCGAACCAGGCGAAUGCCGCUACCGACUCGGACACGGUUUCGGUCGAGUGUCCAUCCGCUAACACCGUUACCGGCAGCUUAAAGACACCGUCCGUGUGCGAGCUGGAAGCGACCGGUGUCAGUGACUACUUUCAAGUCUGAUUUUCUUUCGGCGCCUUCGUCUCGUCGGCUUCCUUCGCACAUCAGCGGGUCGAUGUGGAGCGUAAGUAUUUUUGAAAGUAUUUCUUCUUGUAAGAGCCCCCCCCCCCCCCCUGCGGGACGGCAUGCGACCACAAAGUAUAUUUAUAUGUUUAUAUUAUGCUUACUGAAACACAGAUGAUUAAUAUAUUCCAGAGGAGCAGAUAGGGGAUGAGUAGGAUUAUUACUAUAGUAUCAUUAGUGUUCUGCUUUCUAGAACGACGCGUGUGAUCGGUUCAUAGAAGUGAUCAGUACUUCGUUUGCGUAAUGCGUAUUGAUUUACGAUAGUGCGACGGAGUGGGGAAUCAUCAUUUGCACACUAAUCGUGAACGUGACUAUUUUUACCUUACAUUGUCGAAAAGCACUGCUACUCAUUUUAUAAAAAUGAAAUCGCAUUGUGUAAUAUUUAACAAUUUAGCUAUAAUUGUAUAAGGAAAUUUAUUUAAUGUUAAUAACUUUUUCGCGCUUAUAGUGGGAAACGCCACACUUGUUUAGGAUAAACGAUGCAAAAGUUGAUUAAAUUUUGAUAAAUUGUUUUUAUUUUAUUUCGCUGAUUAAUGUUAUUUUUUCUGUAAGUGAUUUGGAAACAAACACAACUAAUGCAAACAAACAUUCCAACGUGCAAGUAUUUUGAUUGGAUAAGUGUGGAAUAAGAUAAGUCAAGCUACCAUGUACUGUACUAUUUCGUGUUCUAGCUGCCGUGCCGCAUGCUAACCGGAAAACUAACGAAUAACCCACAUGAUAACUGUAUUGUAUUUAGUCUGUAAGAGUGCAACCCAACACCAACCAACGAAACGUAGCGUUUAUUCCUAUAUAUCGAUUGUUUUCGUUUAUGUACACAUCCGGCUGCGAAGAUUCAAUAUUCGCGUCGAAAGUUGAUUGGAGCAAUCGAACAACUCAAAUGAAAGUGUAGUAAACUUAUAUACGGACAAGACAAA